UCUGUUCAUAAUCUGAGACUGAAGUGAGCCACGCCAACCGUAAAACAUCCGAAAAUUUAAAAUUUUCAAGGUUUGCUUCAUUUAACAAUAAAAAUGGAGAGCCACAAAACUGAGCCAUAAGAAAGUGCUGCAGCUUUCAAAUUCUGCCAAACUUCCGCCAAAAGAUUCAUUUGAGCUCAUAAAAACAUAAGCGAAACCUGAAAAACGGAGACAAAAAAGAUACCUUGACCGUUCUAAAAGAUUAGUACUGGAAAAACUGUUACCCUCUUCAGAAGAUAAUUAUUGAAAAAACUUUGCUUAUCGUACUGUCGACGUUUUGAAUAGCCGGAUGCUUUGAAAUUACAGUCCCAAAAUGGCAAUGGAUUAUGCGCUUGGACAGAAGUUUAUCAACUCGGCCAUGGUCGAGCAGAAGGACAUCUCAAGUUUCUUCAAAGACAUGUGUCGCCUUCUGAAACAAAAAAUGAAAAGCAAUGUUGCUAGCGAUUGUUUCGCUCGAGCUAUGUUUCUCUUCUGUGUGAACCAUGAAGCUCAACUCACCUCAUAUCUGUCCCAACACCCCCCUUCGUCCUCCACUACUGACUCUUUUCUGGGGGGAGGAGGACAACAUGCUAAUGUGCAGAUUAUAGUGGAUAAACUGGCAGAUAUUGUCAACUCGCGAUCUCCUCAAGAUGAGCAUAACUGCAUGACAAAAAGCAUCUGUGCUUUCGUCAUUUCCCGAAUAAAACCCAAUUACUGGGAAAAUUUUGGAAUGAAAAAACGGACCAAUUCAUCUUCAAGUCUCUCCCGAAAGAUCUCUGUAUCACUCAAGUCUCCCUCCAUGCUAGACUUUUCGCCCAGAGCCAACCGGGCAUACACCUACACCAUUCCAGAAGGAGACAAACCAGAACGAGAAGAACCCGAGGCCUCCGAGGACUUCCUCAAAAGCAGCAUCACGAAGAUAUUUGGGGGGUCCAAGAAGUCUCGAAAAGAAACGUAUAUAUCGAGGUCACAAUCCAAGCACGAGUUCAAUUCUAGUUCGCUUGAUAUAAACGAGAACCCAUCUUCAGAGACACGUUACCUCCUGGAACUCCUGGAGAGCUUUAUGGAUACCGACAGACCAGGAACUGACAUGAUGCAAAGUCUGACUCUUAUUUCGAGAAUUGUCGUAGAACGAGGGAAAGGCAAUGAGGUCAUUGAAAUGCUCGAGAAAGAAGAGUUUUUGAGUCGCAUUGAAUAGUUUUGGAUCUCAUUUUGACGAGUUUGAAAACUUUGCGCUUCAAGAAAUUUCAGCCGAUUUUAUGGAGCUCCAUUUUUGUCUCACUUUGUACUUUCAACUGGCGACAUUCAGUGAAGAGCUAACGCGAAGGCUAAUCAAAGCAGAUUCUACGUGUUUUGAAAACCUCUGCAUGAAUUUGUACGACCAAGCUGUUCUUUGGGAAGCAAACGUACCGAUGCGACUACAACAAGACAAAACUAACCCUCAAAUGAUGCUGAUUAUGGAGCUAACUUCAUCACUUAUUACUACAAUUGUGCAUUAUGCACUGAAUUUUUUGCAUGAUCCGCUCAAAAUUCCCAGACGAUUUAACGGAGACAUGAACUGUGAAUUAAAAAUAAAAGUGCCACAAAUUACUGACUUAGAUGAUGUAACUGAAAGUUUGACUGAAAUAUAAAAUUAUCAAAAGCUUACCACCUAGAUUAAAUGACCAUAUUAGUGCAAAA